GGAGGAUUUACUGAAGAUUCACACUGUCAAGAUGCUUUCUGGGAAGACUGUCAAACUCAUUGUAUUUGAGCUUUUGCAGUUCGCAUGUCUCUGUAUUCCUGUGUUUGUAGUUAUGGAGCGAUUUGCUUCUGUCAUUCGGUUUGUGAAGUCUAGUGAUACUGCCUAUUGGCUGGUGGUGGCGGCGUCUGUGGCCUAUGCGGCAUCUGUAACUCUGUUUGUGUGGGUUCCAUUGAAGUACUUCAUGUUAAAAACUCAACGCUUCUCUGAAGUGACCAACUGGAGACCUGUUACACUGGCAUAUGUGAUUCUCAGCACUUUACCGUGCUUCGCUAUCAUCAUAGCCAGCUCAAAGGUCCAGGCUGAUGCUGCUAUUCGGUUUGACCGCUUAACAGAGCUCCCUGUCUCACUGGUCCUGUUCUCCCUCAUCUGUGUGGACAUAGUGGAGAGAAUUCGCCCUCUCCGCUUAACAGGAAAAGCGAGUGGAUUAGAUUUGGAUUUGGAGAUGCCAGGUCCAGUUCUGACUCAUUUGGAGCAGGUCACAUCAAUUUCUGGACAUCUGCAGGCAAACGGACAAGACGGUGAUGCAUCCUUCAGAUCGCCGGUCUCAAACGGGUCACUGUCGGGCCGCUGGGAAGAUGCAAGAACAUAUGGGCUGCCCCGCACCAGCAGCUCGGCAUACCUCUACUCUCAUUCUCACUCAGGCCCCUUUAGCUUUCUCUGGAAACGAGACCCUCGGCAUGACCUCUUUGUCUCCAGCUUCAUGUUCUGGUUGGACACUGUGGAAAUGGUGAGGGUGGCUGGCACCAAUUCGGUGUUUUACUCAGGAUGGGUGUUUCCAAUAUACAUACUGGCUUAUUUGUCCCUUUUGCGUGUUGUAAUAACUCCAGACAGUCCAUUGCUGGCUUUAUCAAGCAUCCUUUCUCAAGAUUUGCCCUUCCUGGUGGUGCGCAUAUGCCUGCUGGCGGUUUUUGGAUACGUUACUCCAGUGCUGUACAUACUAAAGAACAUUCUUGCCAGCAUAUCUUUUGUGUACUUUGUCUUUAUGACUAAACUGAAGCUGCUGAACAGAGGAAGCAUGUUUUGA